GGGGCGGCGGCGGGGCGGGCGCGGCGCGGCCGCGGCUCCCGGCGCAGCGCGGGCGGAGGGCAGAGGCCCGCCGGCCGCGGGAGCGGCACCUCCGGCGCCGGAUGUCUUCUCAGAGGAGCCGGAGUGCAGUGAAACCUCGUGAUAAUGAACUCUCCAGAGAAGACAGCCACUCACUAAUCUGUUAUUAAGAUUGUGGGUUGCUUUUGUUUAACAAAAAAAAAUGUAAAAGAUGUUGCUAUGAGGAAAGGAGUCAGCAAUGACUGAUGUAGAGCCUGUGGUCACAGAUUUUGCAGCAUCGGGUCGGGCAGGCCGCCGGAACGCUUUACCAGAUAUUCUGGGCUCUCCUGCUGGUGCUGGGACUUCAGACCUGCCACACAAACUGGCUGAGCUCUCCGUUUCAGAAGAUGAAGGAGCAGAGGGUGGAGAAGUGCCAUCACCCAAAGCCUUGCUGGAGGGUCAAGAGGCAGAAGGAAAAAGCAAUGAUUCCUAACACCUAAGGACUGCUGGAUUAAUGAAACUCAUCGACAGACUUUCCAGUUUCCCUGUGUCACCUCUUCUGAAGUGUGGUAGCACCUUUAGCAGCACAGACAAGAUUUUGCAACACACUUGUACUAGAUGACAUUAACGUUGAACUACUUUUUUUUCUACUGUCGUCCUUCAAAACCCGUUCUACACAUCCAAAUGGGAAGAGAAAGAAAGAAUGUGUCUCUUGUUUUGGGUUUUCUCAUGGUUAUAGUAUUCAUCCUAACUAAUCUUCUUUGACAGUUUCAGUUAAUAUACCUAGCAGAUGUACCGCCAACUAAUGGUUGCUUCAAAAUAAAAAUCCUGUUCUUAAUUUCCCAAAAUAGCUUCUUUCUUUCUGACAGAGAGGUGUAUUCACUCUCCCCACCUUAAGAUGAUACUAAGUUUAUAUUAGAUUACAGAAUUUAUCUGUAAUUUAUCUCCUGAUAUCUUUGUUCUCAUUAGGCAUAUGUAGAUAGGUGUGAGGAAUAAAAAAAGAAACAAUUUUUUUUCUCCAAAAGGUUUUGUAAACUACUUAAACACCAGUGUUUGUUUUCAAUCUCUCUUUAAACCCCUAUUUGAUUAUGGCAGAUCAUCCCAGUUCUCCCACUCUUAGCAGUUGUGGUACUUCUGUCAUUUAUGUUUUCAGGCUGAAUAUUGUAGCUGUUCGUGUGUGUCUAAAAUAACGUAGCCAUGUUUGUAAGCGAUUAGAAUUGUUUAAUCUCACUGUUGAAAUUAAAUAGCUAUUGUCUUUUC